CCCGGGAGCCUCCCCACUUACCGCACUAGGAAGUGACGCUUUCCCUGAGUCCCGGAGAGAAAGAAACAAAGUUUGGGGUUUUUUCCCUCCCCCUUCCUUCUUCUUUUUCCCCCGCUUUGCUAAUUACUGCUCCGCGUCCCCCCGCGGGCGCCCGCCGCCGCGCCUCGCUCCGCAGUGUAAAAGCAGUGCAAGGUAUCAUAGCACUUCAGUAUAUUUGGAGGCAAGACACAGUAUCUUCUGGGAAUUACAGUAUCAGAACUGGCUCUGUGCUUUAUUCAAAGGACCUGUAACUAAGUGGACCCUACCGACCUCUGAACGACAAAGGAUAAGAGUGAAAAGAAGUGGGAGAAGCACACGAAGAAAAAGGAAGUGGAUGCACUUUCACCUGGACCUCUUUCCUGCUCUUUAUUACUAAAACUGAAUGGAAAAGAGAGACUUCCGUGCCUUUCCUCCCCCAGCCUCAGGGAUGGGUGGAUUGUAAAUACGGUGUGUGCAGCUGGGAGAACAGACUAAACCAUGAAUCUUCAGGCUCAGCAAAAGUCUUCAAGCAAAAGGACUGGGAAACGAGUUGCCUAUUUUAAUGAGCAGGAAAUAGCUGUGUCAUCAAAAGAACCACAGCAGCAGCUUAAGGAAGGACAGUACUAUGGUCAUGGUGGGAAUAUACCAGUCUCCCAAACUAUGGAGAUUUCUCACACAGGAGGAUUAACAAGUGCCCCCAACAAUGUUGCUUUGAUGAACUCUGUUUACAGUCAAGAUAGGGGAGAAUCAAUGAUGAUGUCCCAGACGGUAACAGCUGUCAAAUGGCAGAAUUCACUAAUGGGAAACCGGUUGCCAGAGAGAGGUGACGGCCACUGGCAGUCUCCACCUUCGAUGUGGAACCACAGUAUGGUUUUUGGGGGCAACCCAAAAGGACCUCACUCCAAUGCUGGUGCCCCGGGGUUCUAUGGCCACCCAGAAGCCCUUAAAAGAAAUCAAGAGAAGGGAGUGUUCGUGUCACAGCUGGACUUGUAUGGAGAUGCUGUCCAACAGAUGAUGUCCCAGAAGGCUCAGCUGGAACAGCAAGCCCUGGUUAGACAGCAAGCUCAAAUGAAUUCUUUUCAUCAGAUGCAGAAGCAGCAGCAGCAGAAUCAGAGUCUGCCGCUACAGCCUUUCCAACUUGCAUUUGGUCACCAAGGCCAAAAGCAGGGUCUUCCUGAAUUGUUACAUGUCUUUCAAGAGGCCCCAGCUUCUUCCAGUCCAGCGUUUACUGCUCAACAAAAACAGCAAGCUCUUCCCCAGCUACAACUGUUUGAAAAUUUCUAUCCUCAACAGCAGCAGCAGCAACAGGCUGCCACACAAGCCUUCAGUCUGCAGCAAACUACUUCCAUAGCACAGCCUCAUGUGGCAGCUGCAGCACCUCAGCAUCACAUGAUGGCACACCAGUUUCAGCAAACUGAGAGGAACCAGGAACUAUUCAAGGCUCUAACAGAGCAGAACCAACAGACUGUGCUACCUCAGACCCAGAUUCCCUUUCCAAGAAGGUCACGGAGACUCUCCAAAGAAGGUGUCCUGCUGACAUCUGCAGGAGAAGUAUUGACUUCCAAGCAGGCAGAAGAACAACCUAGCAAUUUAUUUCUGCAUCACUGGCAAACACAUCAGCAAGAGGUCCCAUUACAGCAGCCACCCGAAUCACUGGCCCACAACAAAAGUAGCUAUUCGCACCCCAAGAGAGUGGAUCCGGGGCAGAAGGACAUCCUGGUCAGCAGUGAGCUGUGCCAGGUGGAAACAGACAGGCAAGCCACAGCCCAGAAUGGGAGAGAUGGGGAGAAACAGGUAGCAGCAGCUGAGGAAAACGCUCAGAGAACUAAUGAUUUUCAGGGUGUCAGAGGUGGUGUAAUCCAGAGUACGCGACGGAGACGGCGGGUUUCUCAAGAAGCUAAUUUGCUAACUUUGGCCCAAAAAGCUGUUGAGCUGGCUUCUCUUCAGAAUGUAAAGGAACUGGAUACUUCAGAAGAGGAGAAGAGUGUGCUGAUAGCAGCUCCAGGACCUACAGCUGCAAAAAGUGUUGUGGAAUUUGCAAGUUCUUCACCAGUUCCCAAAAGAGCCCGGGAGGAUAACAGCCUUGUGCCUCUUAUCAUUCCUGUGUCUGUGCCAGUGAGGAAAAUUGACUUGCAGAGCCUUGGAAAGGAGAAGUCUGAGGAUGGAAAGCUUCAGAGAGGCCAAACAAAUGAUCGAGCUCCUUGUGAACGCAAGCCUUCUGUGAUAGUCACUCGGAGGCGAUCUAAUCGUAAUACUAACAUGGAAACCUCAAAUCAGCAUGAAGAUGCUGUUCCAAAGGAUGAAGCAGAGGGCUUUGCCCGGAAACCAAAGCAGCGACCAAGACCUGAGCCACUCUUCAUACCACCAAAAGCUGGCACCUUUAUUGCACCUCCUGUUUAUUCUAACAUUACUCCGUAUCAGAGCCACUUACGGUCACCCGUCCGUCUGGCAGAUCAUCCUUCGGAUAGGAACUUUGAGCUACCUCCUUACACUCCUCCGCCAAUUCUUAGUCCAGUGAGAGAAGGAUCCGGGCUAUAUUUCAAUGCUAUCCUCUCUUCAAGUGGCCAUUCGGUUCCACCUCCAAUGACUCCUAAAAGUGCUCACAGAACUCUGCUUAGAUCAAAUAGUUCAGAAGUUACCCCUCCUGUUCUUACAGUAGUGGGGGAGGCCACCCCAGUCAGCAUUGAACCGCGAAUAAAUGUAGGAACUCGCUUUCAAGCAGAAAUCCCAUCACUCCAAGACAGAUCUCUGGCAGCAGUUGAUGAACAUAAAGCAGAGCUGGUGUGGCAGCCGUGGGGCGACCUGGAAACCAACAAAGUCACCCAAGAGAAUGUGGAAAACCUGCUGGCUGCUGCCUGUUCAAGCAUUUUUCCUGGGGCUGGAACCAACCAGGAGCUGGCGCUGCAUUUCUUACAUGAAGCAAAGGGAAGCAUUCUGGGAGCUUUGACCAAACUACUACUGAAGAGGCCGGUACGAUCGCCUACCCACCCUUUGGCAGAUUAUCACUACACAGGAUCAGACAAGUGGAAAGUUGCUGAAAAAAAACUUUUCAACAAAGGCAUUGCAAUCUACAAGAAAGACUUUUUCUUGGUCCAAAAGCUUAUAAAAACCAAAACAGUGGCUCAGUGUGUGGAAUUCUACUACACAUACAAGAAACAGGUGAAAAUUGGUCGGAAUGGGACCUUAAUCUUUGGAGACAUUGAUGUUGCUAAUGAGAAAUCUAUGAAAGAUGAAGCUGAAGUUGACAUCAAGAGUUCCCAUAGGUUUGCACGUGUUCUUCCUCUCAGAAGGGACAUUUACAGUGAAGAACAGGGUCAUAUGGAGGAGGAGGAGGAGGAGGAAGAGGAGGAGGCAGAGGAAGGGUUGGAUAACAGAAAGAAGAGCUCAGUUCCUCUUAAAGAUGAACAGACACUACAAGAUGGUGUAACAGACGAUGAUGACAAUAUGAGGAGUCAGGAGGCAACUGUCACGGGCAGAAUUGGAAGGAAGCCACGGGAGGCAACAGUGAAGCCUCGAAAGCCUAUAACGGCUCCAGUGCAGAGGAGGCGGCGGAAACAGAAGAUAAAAUCAGAUGCUAGCAGUAAAACUCCGAACACAGAAAACACAUUUCCAUGUAAAAAAUGUGGCAGGGUGUUCUACAAGGUGAAGAGCCGCAGCGCUCACAUGAAGAGCCACGCGGAGCAGGAAAAGAAGGCAGCUGCACUGAGGCAGCAAGAGAAGGAGGCGGCAGCAGCGGUGGCGGCGGCGGCAGCCCACAGCCAGGCCCAGCAGGAAGAGAGCAGCGAGAGUGGGAGCAGCAGCAGUGGAAGCAGCAGCGUGAGCUCGGAUGAAGAUGGAGAAAUAUAGCAGCAGACCAGAAGUGGAGGGAGUAGCAAGGCUGGACCCAACCUCCCUCUUGGUGGUCUCGCUUUUUUUGCUUGCACUUUUCUUACCUGAACCAUCAGGUCUCAGUUUCAGUGCUGCCGUUUCCUCAUGCCACAUGUUCCACUUCACCUUGCCAGUACUGACCAAGCCGGAAUGGUGGAUGAAAAGAUUUGUUUCAAGUUGGAUUUUUUUUUUUUUUAAACAGAUAAGAUUUCUAUUCUAUUUAUAAUGAUACCUGAGGUACAUAAUAGAACAAUGUCACCUGCAGUGGAAAUAAGUUCUCUCUCAGGUCAGUCAGACCUUUCUUUUUGUACUUGUCAGGAAUCAUAACAGGACUCUUGGAUAUAAAGGUUUCCAGAUCAGAGCAAGAAAAUGAUGCUCUGCUCUGAGCUAAUUGUAUCCAGUUACUGUGACACUGGUGAUUUCUAGAUGUUUCCUUUCUCAGCAAGUUCUCCUUCCUGUUACACUUUCCUGGCUUGCUUCCUGAGCAUUUAUUCAGGCAGCCAACAAGUUUUGUGGGAAGAUGGUGUGCACUUUUGUCCUCUGCUUCACAAAAAUGAAAAGUGGGAUGAACAAGACACUCCUCUUCCUUUUGAGAGGAAGUUUUAUUUUUCAGAAGGAAGCCUGAUGUGCUUUCUUUUAUGCCAUUAAGAAUGCAGCAAUGGAUAUAAACAUAUCCUGUGAGAUUAGAGUAGCUGUGGGCCUUGUGGCUUGUCUCAUCUUGGAAAACAAAAUAGUCUGCCUUUGAUUAACUUAAUGGAAAGUAGUCUGGGCUUCACAAGUGCAAUUUGAAAUGAAAACUGCUGGCUUUGACUUUGCAUAAAUGGGAGCAAGUUUGUUUAGUGAAAAUGAACCAUGACCUUCUUAGGCGCUGGAUUGUGUGCACCUCAGAGAUGGGAGGAAUGAACUCUCAUCUCCAGCAGUGACCCCUCUGUGAAUGGCUUUUACCUCUCUACACAUCCAUUUCUUUUUUUGUGGCAGUCCUCAUUUCUUCCUUGAAAUUGCCAUCAUCAGGAGCUUGUAUGGUGGGGCCCCAGUUUCCCAAAUACUUCCCGUCAGACAGUAUGUACGUGCGGGAGAAGCUUGCCACUUAUUUCCACACCAGUGGCUGGACAGCACUGCCUGUUGGGUUGUCCUGCUGUGAGCCUUGCUCUUUGCUGAGAGGCUGACUCUUCCUUCAGAACUGACACAUGCUAAUAGCCCAAAAAGUCUAGCCACCCAAAGCCUGCUGGCAAAAGAAAGUUAAUAAAAGUAAAGUGGUUCAGGUGACAUAGGUGUCAGAUUUGCACAGGAUUGUUCUGUACAUCUUUAUAACCCACGUUUAUCAUUAUUUCAUAAAGAUGCAGAGAAUCAGAUUGCUUCCUUGCGCUUCGGCUGGUCAGUCCCAGGCCGUGCCCAGCUGCCCCCUCCAGAAGCAGCGCUGACCCCCAGCUUCCUCGGUGCCGAAGGAGCCGGUCGCUCCUGCAUUCCUGAGCAGGGAUCCGGGGCGGGGGGGGGGUGGUGGUGUUGCUGCACGUGAGCUACAGAGUGUUCCUGACUAGCUGAUUUUUCUAAAAAAUCUUGACCUUUCAAGCUGCUAGGUAAAUUCCAGGUUAGCUAUGGAAAGUGGCACUAUCUCCAGUGUGCCAUCUGGCAAUCUUUUCCUGCCCCGUGGCUUUACGCAACUGUGAUUGCUUUACUCUCUUGAGUCUGGGAAGCUGUGUAUUGUACCAUGCUUGCUUUGACAUAUAUAUGCCUUUGGAUAGAAUCCUUUUUCUUAAUAGCAGAAAUGGUUCCUGCUCUUACAAAAUAAGUACUGCACUCAUUAAGGACUGCACUUUUUUCAGUGUUAACACUUUUGCCUUUAAAUGUUCCAUUUUCUGCCAAAGUUGUAUUUUUCAUUCCUAACAAAAUUAGGUUUCCUUUCAGCAUUUGGAUGACUGUUCCGUGUCCCUACAUGCACAGGUCUUGUUGACUAACUAGGCUGUGGAAGCAGAUGGCAUGUCAUGAACUGUUAAAAUCAUUCAAAAACUGCAAAGAACUAAAAGCUACUAAUCUUUAAAAAGAAGCUUAAGCAAGUCAGUCUUCCUAUUAAGAGGUUCGAUGUUGGUUGUUAUCUUUUUCCUUUUGUAAACUGGAGAAAAUGCUUGUCUGCUGUGAUCCCAGGGUCUUUAGAGAGAACAGAAGCUUUAGCACACUGUGCCAGGACGGACAGUAGGUGAAGCAGCUGGACCUCAUGGUCCACUUGUAGUACUGGCAUUAAUUCCAGUAAAAAGCAAUGAUGCAGUUAAACUUAAAGCUCUGAAGUAUGUUUCUGGGAAGUGGCCAGUAGUUUCCAGAUAUUGAGAACUGCAGGGCAACAAUUCAGAAACAAGCUAGGCUUGUGAGUAUAUCUAAAAAGGAUUUAAAGUAAUGUAGAUACUAUUAUACUGUCAUAAUGAAUGUAUUUGCCUGGAACCCCAGUGUCGCAGCAGCAGAGCGGUGUGCAGUUACUCGACAGAGACUGGCAAGGCCUAGAAACACAUUACGAAGAAAUGGAGAUGGAGGGGGAACUGGCACACAUUGAGAAACAUGGCAAAAAUGAAGGGGUGUUUUAGGUUGGAGAGGAGAUCUUACUAAACUUGAGAACUAAAAUAAAGCGAAUCAAGCUGUCUUAAGAAAAUGCCUUUACGGUCCUUGCUAAGACAGGGCAAAAGCAGUCAGUAUGUAACCCCUUAGGACAACACGGAGACUGUUCAUAUUGGAACAAACCAAAGCUCUGUCUAGCUCCAGGUCUUGUUUCUGACAACGAUCAGGAACAGAAGCCUAGGAAAAAGCAAGGGACAGUAUGGACUAGCAGGUAGAGUUCUAGGUAGAAAUUAGGUGCUAAACUAGAACUUAGGUGUGCUCUCUGGUAAGGCAAAUCUGCAGAGAGGUUUGUGCUGAAAUGUACCGUUCUCCUUAUGGGCAGCAAAUUGGGACGUUUCUCUGCCUUUUACUCUUCUGCUCUGUGUAUCACCUGCGGUUACUCCGUGUAUUUUUAGUGUCUGGAAGUAUGCCUGGGUGAUAAUGAGCAAACGUUUAGUCACGGCCCUCAGGAGUUUUCAAGCUUGAAGUAGUUUUAGAUAUGGCAUAGCAAAUUAUGGUGACUAACAACUGAUUGGAUGAAAUAUGUACAAAGAUUUAGGGAGCAAAUCAUGGGGUUGCUCUAAGUACCAAUUCAAUCUUUCUUUCCGAUACGAUGAUGCUUGAACGCAGGCAUUAUUGUAGUCUUCCAAAGACCACAUCUUUCACUGAUUCUUCCUAUUUUAGGAAAUUGAUAUUAAGAGUAAUUUUUCCUCUCAUCAAGGAUACACCAUUGAGGUGCUGCUAAGAACAAAUCAGAGAUUUUCUUUAAUUGCACAAAAAUGGUGUGUAUGUUACACACUGAAUCCAGUACUUGUUGUUUCUCUCCCACCCUGUGAAGAGACCAGGAAGAUUUGAUACAGUAAGGCCUGUCACUGGAAGAAAAUCAGAAAAGGGCUUUUUCUGAGGAUAACCUCUAACAGCUGUGGGUUAGCAUGGCUGACCAAAAUCACGUAAAUGUUCCAAGUAAGUGGCACCAAAUGGAGAUGUUUCUGAGUGUGUUUACAUAUUGCUAGCAGACACCAGAGGACCUCUUUUCUCUCAUGCUAAUAAGUGAAAAUACUCCUUUGAGUGUCUUGUUUAAAAACAAACAAGCAAAACCAAGCCUGCUGCCCACUUGCUUACCAUAGGAGUUCGGAAUUAAUCCUACAUCUUAAUUAGAUCCUGCCUACUAGCAAAAGUUGGCAGAGAAUUGUUUUAAAAAAAACAAACCAGCCAACCCCCAGCUGUUGUGGACAAAGCAUUUGAACUGAAUUUAUCUAAUCUGGAAUGAAUUCUGUUACUCUCCUUAGUGUGGGGGGAGGGAGUAAUUUCAGCGGCCCUUUUACUGCAGCACAGUGUUAAUUUAAGGCUGUGUUGUUCCAAUUAUGAUUUUAAAAAAAAAAUUGUCUGUGUUCUGUUCAUUUGUCUGCUUUAAAACCCUAUGCUCAUUAUUUUCCAUCGUUUAAAGGCCUAUUUACUGAUUCCCAUAUAGAAUAAGGGUUUGCUGUUAAUUUAGAAAAAAGGCAUUGUAUGCUCAGUCAUUGAGUUUGAACAAGGUGCCUCUUUGCUUUAGCUGUCUCUUCUAUGGGAACAAAUACAGGAUUUAUAGACUGCAAUUCUGUAAAUGUGUACUAAUAGAUUUGCCUUUCACAGUGCGAGAUCAGGUUUCUGGUGAUCACGUACCCAGUAGUCAGGUGGCUGCACUCCAAAACCAUUCCCUAUCUGAGCCUUGACGCCAGCGUUGGGCGUUGCGGAGAUGCAGCGAGAGAUCGCGCUUUGCCCUGAUCACGUACUUCUGCCUGCUGCCUGCCCUUUACAGAUAGACUCGGUCUGUCAGGUUUGUGAUCUGCAUGGGAUAGCAUCUCAGUUCUGUAAGACUCUGUGUGUGUACAAUUAUUAGAUAGAUGCAUGCACUUGUGAUGCAUAUCUGAUACAGCUACAGGUGUUUUGCAGUCUAGCUGCAAGAGCAACAGCUGUGCUUUUUAAUUUUGUUUUUUGUUUUUCCAUUUACCGAUACAGGUAACUAUCUGAGAGAACUCAACUCUUAAGUUGAAGGCCUACAGGAUUCCAAUUGGCUGUGCAGGACUUUGGCGUUUUGUUAGCUAGGACCAGGUAGGAACGUAGCUGUUUAAAGGCAGGGCAAAGGAAUUUGAAAGCUUAACGGUAACUCAUCUAUUAAUGCCACACUAAACAUGCAAUGCGAAGUCCAAAUUAGCUAAAAAUACCCUCUGAUUUAUCAAACUGAGGCUUUCGGUCAUUUUUAUCAUUGCAACAAGCUUAGAUUGAAAGCAACAUUCAAAAAAAGUGUUUCCUAAACCACAGAGUGAGCGCUCUCAGCAAUUACACACUCUUAGUUCUCCUUCAGGCAGCGGACUAGUAAGUUCCUAUACAUGCAUAUCCUAUUUUAAAAGAAAUGGGAGCAGGGAGGACUGCAGCCAUAGAAGUCUUGUCUGCUUUCAUACAAUGGCACUUUUAGUCCAGUGAUUACCUCUGCCAGAAACCUUAUCCCAAACCACAUUUUCCCACACAAACUUUCUCCUUGAUUUAUCUUCUGAUGUAUGCCUGAAAGUUUAUAAAGCUUUAAAGAGACAGAGAAGCAGUGUCUACAAAUCAUGUUUGAUUUUUGUGGGGGUGAGUUUCUGUGUAGAUUUGUCACUUGGGUUCAGCUGCUUUACUCGCCCUCAUUCUCUCCUGUGUCAGAUGUUGGGAAGACAUACACUUCGAAUCCCCAGCUGUCUAAAGAUUUUUCUUUCCAAGACUAGGAUUCCACUGGCAGCUGAGCCUGAAAAAAAAAACCUUAACUUCUCCAGAUUAGAAAACAGCAUAUAUUUUUAUAGAAAUGUAAUUGUAUAUUUUAAAAACCAGUUUCAUGCAGCUUCUCAUGUAUUUUUCCCCUGGUAGUUCAGAUUUGAUAUAAACUUUUUUUGUGUUCAUUCUUUUUAUGUUCUGUUUUUAAAUUUGUAGUCAAAGCUUUGGUGUACUGUACAGGAGCAGUCAGCCUUUGUAAUUACUGUAUAAAUGCUUUAUAAUAAAGUAUAUUACUUUUAUUUUAACAAGUGAGCAGACACUUCCUUUUGUGUGUUUGCUGCCUAGGGCACCUUUUAAAAGACUGUUACAUGUUUAAAAUGUACAUAUAUAAAUAUAUUUACCUGUUGCUGUACAGUUGUGAUAGACUGGACUGAAUUUAUUUUUUGUGUGCUUUUUUAUAAAAUAUUAAUACACUAAAGGAAAUCUUGCUGAUGUGAUUGUAAUGUACUAUGUAACUUAUUUACUUAAUAUCCUCUAUAUAUCUAAAAACCUUUUAUUAAAUGAGGUUUAAAAAAUA